CGUCAACUUGAACAUUGACCAUCACCAUGGCCGCGCCACCGUCGGAUGCUGAGCUGCAGCCGUCGAAGCUGGGGACGAAGGAGCAUUGGGACAAUGUCUAUUCCUCCGAGCUCGCCAACUUCAAGGAGAUCGGCGAUGAAGGUGAGAUAUGGUUUGGCGAAGAAAGCGUAGAAAAGAUGGUCGAUUGGGCCCUCGAGCACAUUCCGCCGCCCUCCUCAGCUUCCCCAUCCUCCUCUACACAUCCCACCAUCCUCGAAAUUGGCUCCGGCAACGGGACCCUUCUCUUUGCCCUCGCCGAAGCAGGGUACGCACCUACGAAGCUAUGUGGCAUCGACUACAGCGCGGACGCGGUCGCGCUCGCGAAGUCGAUUGCACAAGCGAGAGGGGGAGGCCUGGAGGAUAUCACAUUUGAGGAAAGAGAUUUUCUGACAGAAGAGAUUGUUGGGUUGUCCGAUGGUGGGAAAGACGCUCACGAAACGGCAUCAUGGGACCUUGUUCUGGACAAGGGCACGUACGACGCUAUUGCGUUGGGCGAGAAGGACGAGAAGGGUUUGUCGCCUGCGGCGGGAUAUCCUGCGAGGGCAGCGAGGCUUCUGAAGCCGGGUGGAUUCUUCCUGAUUACUUCAUGCAACUUCACCGAAGAAGAACUCAAGGCGAGCUUCACGGCGGAGGGCACGAUGGAAUACCACUCGCGCGUCAAGCACAGAACCUUCUCCUUUGGUGGGCAAAGCGGGAGCGUUGUGUGCACGGUGGCGUUUAGGAAAAUAGACGGCUCGUCAUAAUGAACGUUAUGCGAUGCAUCGGAAUGCGCGAACUCGGAAGCGGGAGAUCGGCAGGAAAGGUUGCGAACGGGAAACGGCAGGGGAUUACGCGGGUUGAGGUCAGCAGCUUGCACCGGAGUAGGUACUCAAGUGCGCAGGAGCGGCAGAGACCUGCAGGCGAAAGACCCACAGGACCUCACGCGCACGAAACAGUCUGGGAAGGAGCGCGUAAGCG